AUGACGGGUCCCAUCGUUCAGGAUGCAGCCAACACGGCUGCCUUCGAUGUCAAGGUGGAAGGGAAUGGGCAGGAUCUCUUGACCUUCGUCGCCGUUUGUGAGAAGCUUGAGCGCACGGGCUCCUGGACGUGCGUCGAGGUCCAUCUCCGACAGGAGGUUAUAGCUUUCAGCACAAAGCACGGGCAAGAGAUUCAGAAGUACGUGAGGCUACGGUGCAAGGAUGCUUCGCAGGUGGUGGUGCAGCAUGGUGAGCCUACUUCCCCCUCGGCUUCAGGCAGGACCGGAUCAACAGGAAUCGUUGCCCAGAGCUCUGUGUUCCAUGUGUGCCCUGCCCACAGCCUGUUCUUUGAGAGGUUUGCUGGAGGAGCUCAUAGAGACGAAGCCGCAGUCCGUCAGCAGACCCUGCAGGGUUGCCUUGGAAUCAGCUGCAAGGCCAAGAGACAGUCCUGA